UUAAUAAAUCUCCACCCUCUUCAAUUUCCCUUCCAUUUCUUCCCAAAUUCCUCUCUUUUUCUUUGAUUUCUAGGGUUUCUCUCACCCUCUCCGGUUAUACGCGGAGAAGGAUGACUCUCUUGCGAGCGGAGUUCACGUCCUGCGGAUCUUUGCUCCGGGAAUUGCAGGAUCUAUGGGAUGAUAUUGGGGAGACUGAUCAUGAAAAAGAUAGGAUGAUUCUUCAGCUUGAGCAAGAAUGUUUUGAUGUAUACAGAAGGAAAGUUGAACAGGCCAAAAAGCAUAAAUCUGACUUGCAACGGUCUGUGGCUGAGGGUGAAUCUGAAGUUUCUAAUCUUAUAUCUGCACUUGGAGAACAAGAGUCCCUUAAGCUGGUGAGAAAACCAAAUUCCUCUUUAAAAGAGCAGUUGGCUGCCAUAAAUCCUUUGUUGGAGGAUUUGAGGAGGAAAAAAGAAGAAAAGAUUCAAGAGUUUUUGGAUGUUGAAUCAAAGAUUGCUAAGCUGUGUUUAGAAAUAGCUGGAAGUGCUCAGCAGGGCACUCCUGUGUUGCCCCAAUUGGAUGAGAGGGACUUAACUCUAAAUAGACUUGGUAAAUUGAAUUCACAACUUCAGGAACUUCUGAAAGAUAAGAGCCUUCGGUUGCAGAAGGUUAAUUCCCACAUGAAAGCAAUACAUGAGCUAUCAACUAUUAUGUCAAUUGAUUUCUCUAAAAUGAUGAGUGAAGUCCAUCCAAGUUAUGGAGAUUUGGCUAAUAGCCAUCCAAAGAGUAUUAGCAAUGAUAGCCUUGCUAAACUGGCUGGAAUUGUUCAAUCACUAAAGCAAGAGAAAAAACAAAGGCUAGAAAAGCUUCAACUAUUAGGAAGUACACUUAUCGAAUUGUGGAACCUAUUGGAUACACCAACAGAUGAACAAAAAAUAUUCGAUCAUAUAACCUCUUUGAUUUCAGAAUCUGUCAACACAGUAUUAGGCCAAGCAUGCCUUGCCCUUGAUGUUAUUGAACAGGCUAAACUAGAAGUUCAGAGAUUGAAUAUCCUUAAAGCCAGCAAAAUGAAAGAGCUGGUAUUGAAGAAGCAAAGUGAACUUGAACAAAUAUAUAGCAGUGUUCAUAUGGAUGCUGAUGGUGAUUUGGAACGCCAGAUGCUAAUCGGCCUCAUUGAUUCUGGGAAAGCAGAUCUCUCGGAGCUGCUAUCAAACAUGGAUGAUAAUAUCAUUAAGGCUAAAGAACAUGCUCUAAGCAGGAGAGAUAUUUUAGAGAAAGUUGAGAAGUGGACAUAUGCCUCUGCUGAGGAGAGUUGGCUUGAUGACUAUGAAAGGGAUCAAAAUCGCUAUAGUGCCGGUAGAGGAGCACAUAAGAAUCUGAAGCGUGCAGAGAAAGCACGGAUACUUGUGAACAAGAUACCAUCUUUAUUAGAGAACCUGACAUCAAAAGUCAAAGCCUGGGAAAAAGAGAAAGGAAUGACAUUCUUAUAUAACAAGGUGCCGUUACUAGUAACCUUGGAUGGAUACAUUGUGCUCAGACAGCAGAGAGAAGAGGAGAAACGACGAUUAAGGGAGCAGAAGAAGAUCCAGGAGCAGUUUGCUGCAGAGCAGGAAGCUUUGUUCGGGUCAAAACCGAGCCCCCUAAGGCCAUUUACAGCGAGGAAACCAUUGGGACAAAGCUCGAAUGGAAACACCGUUGGCGGAACACCAAUAAACCACCGUGUUUCAACACCUUUAGCUCGGCAAGCGAUCUCAUCAUCUGGCAAGGAGAAAAAGGACCAUGUCAAGGUUGGCAAUGCAAUACCGGUGAAUUAUGUCGCUCUUCCAAAGGAGGAUUCUUUAUCACACAACAACAGUAGCGCCAUUGUUUCUCCAUAAAACAGUAGGUCUUUCUCUAACAAUUCAGUAUCAAAAUGAUGGUGGUAUUCACUGAUAUACAUUCCUCUUGUUCACAAUAUUAAUUGUUCAGUGUAUGUCCAGUUCUUUUUGCAAUUUAUGAAACAGGUUUUAC